ACUGCAAAUACUUCACUUCUUUUGCAUUUGCCUAAGCUGAUGAUUAGUACAAGCCGAAUAGAAUGAUAAAUGAUGGUUGAAGUUUGCACUUUGCAUUACAUUCGGAUGAGACAGUGCAUCCAGUGUCAGUAUUUUGCAUCUCUUUUAGAUGUUCUUAAUCUGCUCUAUACUCAGAUGUUUAAUAAAGGACCUGAAACCAAAGAAGAGUGGGCCAAAAUAGUGUCUUUCGUCUUGGACAUUGGUUUCUGUCAUGUGAUGAACUCAUUUGCUUUAAUAUCCAACUCAAACUCCUAUGCUCGUGUCACAAACUAUUUGCAAGAUGCUACUCAGGACCAAAGCGCUGCCUCUAAACUGAAUUUGUACCCUAUACAUAUUUAGAAAGCAGUUGCUGCAAGCAGUUAUAAGUGAGGUCCUCUCUGCCUGCAGCUUCUGGUUUGGUUUGCUAGGAGCUGUUUAUAUUAAGUUUGAGGAAACCCUCAGUUAGUGGGACUCUAUCUGUUGUGAUGUCAUGUGUGGGAAUCCCAUACCAGAAGAAAAAAAGAGUAAUAAACUCUCAGUAUAUGCUAUGAAGGGGCUCAAUAUUAGGCUUACCUUUUUAGGUGGGUUUGAGUUCUAAACAUGUAUAUUGUACCUGGUGAUGUACUCUCCUAUCACCACAACACAACUUAUGGCUAGGCUUGAGCUGCUGCAAUGUGCUUGCUAAGGAGGUGGGGGUUU